UUGGGUAAGGGCAGAGUGCUGUUUGCCUUCAUCCAAGAUGGUGGCGAAAUGUUGGGGUUUGGCGGGGAGUUUUUUUGUGGGUUCCCCCCCCCCCCUUGGUUUUAAGGAUUCAGGUUAUUCUCUUUAGAAGUUUGAAAGGAAUGUCCCCCCCCACAAAAAAAAGGGAAAAGAGAAAGAGAGAACCCACAUCCCCCUCAUUGCCUCUCACCCAGCGCGGAGGAACUACUAAUCCCGUGAGGGAGCGCGCAUGCGGAGGGAGGGCGGCGGUGGCGGCCGUUGGCGGGAAACGCAGCACUGAGGUUAUCUUAUUUGUGUUCAGUUCUCCAGUGUGGCUCAUCAUGGAAUACAUGAAGCAAUUCUACCAGUCAUCGAACACAAAUUCUUUCAGAGAGAGGAGAGAGGCUUCCCCAGGGAGAAACUACAAUUAAAUUCUGUUUGUUGUACAAGAGUAGAUCUACACUACUCCAGCUCCAUUUCUUUCUUAUAAAUGGAGAAAAUAUGGAAACACAAGACCAUUUCUAACAGAGGAAAGAAAACUCUUUAACUGCUCACAGAUGCUUUUUGUCAGAAUGAAAUUCCUACAGCUACUGUUCAGGAAACCAAGGAAACUGGAAACACUUUUUCAAAUACCUUUUUGCCAAAAGCAAUUCCCACACAUGUGUCUGGCCACCUCUGCCUGUCUUUAUAGUAAAAAGAAAAAAGUGAAUGCUUAUGAACAAGUUGACCAAGAAAAAUACAAGAACUUGGUCUACUCUGUUACAUCUUACAAAACCAGCGCCCAAACACCAGAGACAAUACUUGAAGAAGACAAUUUGUUAUAUGGGCCACCAGAUAAACACAGACCUCCAGUUAAAGCUGAAGCAAAAACUCCUAAGAACUGGGUUCCAUUAAUGAACUCCAACAAGAGAAUUCCCUUUCCCAGCAGUGAUUCAGCGCUCCCCAUGAGAAUCGCUUUACAAAAAACAAAAAUGCCCAGUGUUACCCGUAUUCUUCAACAGACUCUUUCUCCACAGCAAGCCUUUUAUCUAGAACGGUGGAAACAGAAAAUGAUAAAGGAACUUGGAAAAGAUGGUUUUGCAGAGUAUACUAAAAAUCUUUUCCUCCAAGGAGAGCUCUUCCAUAAAGCUUUGGAAUCUGUCUUCCUGUCUGAAGAGAUGACAACUAAGGAACAGAGAGAAGAUGUUACUAUUUCUGGCUACUUAUCGAGUGUGGAACAAGUCUUAAAAGAUAUCAGUGAAGUGAAAGCUCUGGAAAGUGCAGUUCAGCAUGAGACUCUUCAGUAUUUGGGCCUGGUAGACUGCGUGGCUAAGUAUCGAGGCCAGUUGUGUGUGAUUGACUGGAAAACUUCAGAGAAACCAAAGCCAUUUCUGAAGAACACUUUUGACAACCCGUUACAGGUUGCAGCAUAUAUUGGAGCCAUAAAUCAUGAUGCCAACUAUGACUUCCAGGUUAGUUGUGGACUCGUUGUGGUUGCCUAUAAGGACGGCUCCCCUGCACAUCCGCAUUUCAUGGAUCCUGCUCAGUGUUUGCAGUACUGGAAUAAGUGGCUCCUGCGCCUUGAAGAGUACUUGGACAAAAACUGACUGUAAACUAUGGAGGCACGUGGUCUGAGCACAGGGCCAAAGCAAGAAUCCUUUGUUUAAAUCUGCCGUUUUUUAAUACAUGUUAGAUUUUUUUAGUAACUUUGCCUAAAAAAUAAAAGGCAAGGAGAUGUUUGCUUGGUUUAGGUGACUUAAGCAGACUGGGCAGCACAAAGUUAACUUAAUCUCUGUUUUUCCCCACACAGUUUAUAAGGUUGAUGGGAAAGUUUUUCUGUUGUAAGUCAAACCAUUCAUUCAAAUGAUCCCGCUUUUGUCAUUUUUCAGGGAGAGGCGGGUUAAAAAACACUCUUGCGAGACUGAGGCUUUGAAAAUGAAGUUGGUCGACAAAGCAAAGCAACAAUCUGCGUUGUCUGAGCUGAGAGAAAUGCAAAUGAUAAACAAAUGACUGUGGCAGUCUGAGUUUCAGUCAGCUUAGUUCUUGCUCCUCAUCUCAAAGGUAUCUAUUAACAGGCUCAUUACUAUUUGUGGUUGUUCUAACAGCAACAACUGGAAAAACUGCACAAAGAAUUAGAACCAAGGUUCUUAUAAGCACUUAAAAUACUAAGGGAAAGUGAUCAUGUCACAGAAGAGGCUCAGUGAAAGAGGAAAAGAACUGCUAACCAAUACACUUAGAAAUUUCCAGCAAGUGUUCUGAAAGGUAGGAAGUUUGACUCCUACUGGUGGCUCCUCCUACAGGUCUUUGAAUGGGCUGUGUGGCCCACUUAAAACAACUAUGAGUGUAAAUGAGCUUUGUACCUUGUAGGCUGUGAGGCUCCAUGCAGGCCAAGUCUGCAACUGUCUUGGGCUCUGCUGACUUCACUGUGGGUCUAAGCUGAUGAGGAGCAAAAGCAGGAGGUGAUUGUUCCAUGUGGAACGGUCUCCAAUGUCAAGUUGCAGCAUUUGCCAAUACAAAUAAGUUUCUUUGUUAAAAGCAGGCUUGUGACUUUGAAGCUGGGUCUUCUGAGGGGUGAAGAGAUGCAGUUUGGGUUUUGAGUGGGUUGUGUUUUUGUGGGGUGGUUUGGUUUUUGGGUUUUUUUCAAAUGAAGUGAAUAAAUUUGCUUUUCAAGCGCAUUUCGUAAAGUCAAGACAGAGAAUAAGCCUCAAUGAUGUCAAGCAGUGUCACUUUGCGUGUUGCACACCUGGAAAGCUUUUUUUGCCUUGUUCUCUUUGGGUUUUUUUCUGAAUUGUAUGUAUGAGUUUUUGUAAUACCACUGCAGAUGACAAAUAAAAAUAUGACCAACCCAUAAGCUUUAAGAAAAUCAGCCCAGAACCAUAGCUAAAGCAAAAAAAAAAACCCAAACCAAAAACUUCAGCAGGCUUGGUGCUGAAGAAACUUAAACCUCUACAGUGCUUAAUCUUCUGCUUCUCCAGAAUACUGAGAAGUGGAAACCUCUGCAAUUAAACUUAUAGUGGUUAUUGCUUAUUCAAACCUGGUCUGGUGGUGUUGCAAUUACUCUGUGCUUAAUUAGAUUUCUAUCUAAAAAGACAAGCCGUGGAGACUGAGAAACUAGGUGCAGUGAUGACUAACUAGGAUGAUGCUGAGUGCUCGGACGUUCUACCUGUUUUACAGGUAUCUUCCCACAUGACAGAAUUUUAGCAAGCGGGUGGCUCAACAUCACUGAAUGUGGUCAGUUUUCUGUGAAAAAUUAGCUCUGUUGGUACACAGAGGGUGGGCUUAAGCAAGAGGUAAGGUGUCCUGGGCAGAAGCAGGAGGUGAUAAAAUGUACUGAAUUCCAUGUGUUGAUUGAGAUUGGCUAAAUCAGGAGACUGUGGAAGAGUCUGGCAAAGUUUUUGUGGGACUGCUGCCUUUCUCAGCGCAUUAUACAGCUAUUAGAAAUCUCUGAACCAUGUACGAUUUCAGCCUCAUCCUGUAAA